CCCUAUCCCCCCAUCGGCCCCCUCCGUCUCCCCAUAUUCCCUCCUCUCCCCUUCCCCAUAUUUCCUUCCCAUCUCCGCAGAUCCCUCUUCCCUCCCCCCACGUAGUCCCUCCGGUCCCGCCACAUCCCCCUCCCUCCCCCUCCAGCUCCCCUUCCCUCCAUCGCACGCUUUCCACCCCGGCCCAGGGGCGGGGGCCUUUCCCGGCCGGAGCUGCGGGGACGGGAUCUCCUACUGCGCCCGGGUCCUGGGGGGACCCACCCCGAGCGGCCCCGGGUGGGCGGGGCGCCGGCGGGCGGGGGCGGGCGCUUUACCUGGGGUGGGUCCGCGGCCGCCGAGCCCCGCCGAGCGUCGCCGCCGCCGCCGCCCGCAGCGCCGGCCGUGCCAUGUCCUGGGCCGUGCUCCUCGGCCUCCUGGCCGCGCUGCUGCUGCUGCUGCUGCUCACCCGCCGACGCACACGGAGACCUGGCGAGCCUCCCCUGGACCGUGGCAGCAUUCCCUGGUUGGGCCAUGCCUUGGACUUUGGAAAAGAUGCUGCCAGUUUCCUCACUAGGAUGAAGGAGAAACAUGGUGACAUCUUUACUAUACUGGUAGGUGGCAGAUAUGUCACUGUCCUCCUGGACCCACACUCCUAUGACUCGGUGGUGUGGGAGCCGCGCACCAAGCUGGACUUCCACGCCUAUGCCAUCUUCCUGAUGGAGAGGAUUUUCGACGUGCAGCUUCCACAUUAUAGCCCCAGCGAUGAAAAGGCCCGGAUGAAACCGACUCUCCUCCACAGAGACCUCCAGGCACUCACGGAAGCAAUGUAUACCAACCUGCGCACUGUCCUGCUGGGCGACGCUGCGGAAGUGGGUGGUGACUGGCGUGAGAUGGGUCUCUUUGAUUUCUCCUACAGCUUCCUGCUAAGGGCUGGCUACCUGACACUGUAUGGAGUUGAGGCAUCGCCACACACCCAUCAGAGCCAGGCCCAGGACCGUGUCCACUCAGCUGACGUCUUCCACACCUUCCGCCAGCUCGACCUGCUGCUCCCCAAACUGGCUCGAGGCUCCCUGUCAGUUGGGGAUAAGGACCAUGCAUGGAGCGUCAAAGGUCGCCUGUGGAAACUGCUGUCCCCAGCCAGGCUGGCCACCAGGGCCCACCGGAGCACCUGGCUGGAAAGUUACAUGCUGCACCUGGAGGAGAUGGGUGUGUCGGAGGAGAUGCAGGCACGGGCCCUGGUGCUGCAGCUUUGGGCCACACAGGGGAAUAUGGGUCCUGCUGCUUUCUGGCUCCUGCUCUUCCUUCUCAAAAAUCCUGAGGCCCUGGCUGCUGUCCGCGGAGAGCUUGAGCCUGUCCUCUGGCAAAGAGAUCAACCUGUCUCACAGAUGACCACCCUCCCACAGAAGGUUUUAGACAACACGCCUGUGCUCGACAGUGUGCUGAGUGAGAGCCUCAGGCUCACGGCUGCGCCCUUCAUCACCCGCGAGGUCAUGGUGGACCUGUCCUUGCCCAUGGCAGAUGGGCGGGAAUUCAGUCUGCGACGUGGGGACCGCCUCCUCCUCUUCCCCUUCCUGAGUCCCCAGAAAGACCCAGAAAUCUACACUGACCCAGAGGUGUUUAAAUACAACCGAUUCCUGAACCCCGACGGAUCAGAGAAGAAAGACUUUUACAAGGAUGGAAAACGGCUGAAGAAUUACAACAUGCCUUGGGGCGCGGGACACAAUCAGUGCCUGGGGAGGGCUUAUGCCAUCAACAGCAUCAAACAGUUUGUGUUCCUGGUGCUGGCGCACCUUGACCUGGAGCUGAUCAGCAUGGGCGCAGAGAUCCCCGAGUUUGACCUCAGCAGAAGGCUGUGUCCAGGCGAGAGAAACAGGACAAGCCGAGAGAGGGUGGACCAAGCAAAGACAUCAGAAGCUCUAUGGAGCUUGACCACAGCCAAGUUUAUUUCCAAAAUCAGGCUCUUUCUGCUCCCAGCUCACCUUGCUCCUCUCACCUGUGACAGCCAGAAUAGCUAACACAGGGCAGAACAAGAGGCCUCACUGCUGUGUCUUCAGCUCCCAGAAGGGCCACCUUCCAAGUCUUAUGCAACUGGUGUGGUCCAGGCCUUGCCCAGGCAAAGCAGACACUAGCCAUAGAAAGGCCAGUCUGGACCUAGCAGUGUGUCCACUGGAAUAGCUCUGUUGCCCGGUGAUUAUUAAACUAGCUAAAGCCAAAGGAGUCCCUUAGAGUAUCUGCUUCCCCGGGUGCCCAUUUGCUGGACACUCCCUCAUCUCCAUUCACACUGAUACUCAAGAAAAUGCAGGCAGGUUUUCCCGAGGCUGGUGCAUCCACGAUGCAGAACGUGGGCGCCCUCUGAACACAGGCCUCUCAGGAUAGAGUUCUCUGUUCUGAAAUUAUGGGCACCAGAUGGGAUGGGUUUCCCAGUGCUGAGACUCAGGUAGGGAACUAAGGAAAACAAGCCCAGAUGGGAUGGCUGGAAGCAACCAGUCAGGGCUCCUUAGACUGGUCAGGCCAAAAAGAAGAGGUGUUGAUGUCAGACAGUCAGUGUGGAAGCUCCAGCUGUACACAUGAGCCAGUCUCCAGAUGGGUUUGUUUGGCCUACACUUAAAAAAAAUUAUUUUAGUUGUUAUAUCAUUUGGGGGAGUGUUCAUUCAAAAUGUCCAGCUUGUCUUGAAAACUUGGGAGACCUAGCCACAUGAGGCCCACAUUCCCAAGGACAACCGUUGACCAGAGCCGAGGAGCAGCUGCCUCCCUUAUGUGGGGUCUGUGCUCUCUCGUUCACCAGGGCUUUGCCUGGCCUGCUCCCCCAUUCACAGAACCUCCUGGCCCUGAAGGCACUUGAGUUUGAGACCCUGUUCUAGCUCUUAGAAGUGAUAUUGUAGGAAGUGGUGGGAACCAGCUGAUUGGUCUUCACACAGGUUGUCCAUGCCAGCCUGGGUGCCCCACCCUUUGAACACACAGAUCAGUAAUGAAAACUCACUUUGCCUCAGCUUUAGAAAAAGAACAACUUAAAGAGAAAAAUUGCCUGCAAACCUUUAUGAUGAUGGUAAAUGUUGUUAUUAAUAUUAAGUGCUGUUUAUUGAGUACCCUUUAAAUGCCUCUGACAGGCACAGGAGACAUAGUAUUUCUACUCCUCACAGCAUUUCUGUUAUGAGGUUAUGUCCACUUUACAGAUGAGAAAACAGGCUCAGAGAAGUGAAGUGACUUGCCUCGGGUCACACAGCUCGUGAGCUAGUAGAAAUCGGCUAACAGACCUAUUGUCCCAGGAGCAAACACUGGGUGGGCAGCUUUUCAUUCCUUGGAGUCAAGGUGGGGAAGUUCUGUUUGGCAUCGGAGAGCUGACAGAACCAGAGGCACCCAAGCGUGGAUGCAUGCAUCUCAUGAGACACAAACUCACAUAGACACACAUCACUAGGUUUCUCUGGCUUUAGCUGGAGGGAGAGAAGAUGACCUGAGACCUCUGAAAUGUUCCAGGGGCUAGUCCCUUCUCGGAGCAGUGCUAGAGCUUGGGGGCUUCCCUGACCUGCAGCCUCCAGGCACCCCCGGGAUUUCCAGAUAGACAGUGUGAUUGGCAGGAGGCGGGAUAUCCCCAGGGAAACCCAUCUUCACGCCUGGGUGACCCUGCUGCUGCCUGCUUCUUAACUCUGCAGGAAAUCAGAGCUGGCAGCCUCCUGUGGGAGGACAGAGCCAGUUUCCAUGGCAACCCUCAGCUGUCUCAUCCUGGCUUGGAAGGGAAGGAAGAAAGCCAGCAGAAAUAGCUGUGGAAGGUCUCUCCUUGUAGGCUGCAACUCUGGUGUGCUGGGGGCGGGGAAGCCCUUAUGACUUUCCCCUUCCAAAUCUGGGCUGGUUGUCACUGAGACUAGAGUCUCACCAGCCUUCAAAAAAGGGCCAGUUCCCUUUAAAGAUGGCACCUCCUCGGAGGCAUGAUCAUUAGAGAAUUAUGUGAGGAAAAGACAGUUCUCCCACCAGUCAGCUCCAGCUGGGUCCUGAGAUACUGAAGUACAGCUCGGGAGACAAAGAUUUAAACCUGCCCUUGCUUUAAUCUUUAUUAUUUUUCUUUUCCUCCCCCCCCCUCAUUUUUUUUUUUUUUAAAUAUAAACUAUAGAGAAAAGAGGGAGAGAUGAGUAGCUGCUUACUACAAGUUAGUUAGGAAGGUAUCUGGAUGUCGUUGUAUUUCUUUAUAUCAUGCUUGAGAAUGACAAGAUUGUGUGGCACAUGUUAGAAAUACCCUUAGGUGGCCCCAAUGAAGUGUUUCCUCACCACUGUCAUUGUCAUUAUUUUUUGCUGUAUUUUGUAUUGUCAUUUACCAAAUAUUUGCCUUUAAAUAGACUCACUUUUUAAACUUAAAAUAAAUUUGUUUAAAAAGGGAAUGUUUUUCUUCACUGCUGGUAAUGGACAACACAUUUCACUCACUGCCAAAAAUAGAAAGUGACUGUGAAAAAUAAAUUCGCUGGGGUGGGGGCUCCAUGCUGGUGUCACCAGGCUCAGAGCCUGAGUGCUGUCUCUGCUCUGUCAUAAAAUAAGAGAAGCGAGCGUACCAUAGCUUUACGGCCACACCAGCAUCUCCCUGAGGCUUUCUCCUUGACAGAACCACAGGGGAAGAAAGGGACAGAAAGAGGAGUCCCUUGCUCAGCACAUGGGCCACCUAGGGCCAUCUCUUGCCACCAGCAGACUCACCACAGGGAGCAGGUGUUGUCCUCCCUGCCCAUUCUCCAGAUGCACAAACAGGCUCUGAGAGUUGAUGUGUCUUCCCCAAAGUCAUUGAUUCUGAUAUCUUUUAAAAAUAAACACAGUGUUUCAUGAGUAGCAGUGAUUGUUAUGCUUUGCUAUUUUAAUAAAGAGUUCUAUUUUCAUGUAACAUUGUCAAGUGCAAACAUGCUGAAUUCUAUUAAACCAUCCUUCUUUGUGGCGCUGCCUCCGAGUGUGACUCCGACCGAGGCAGUCAGCCGUGUCUGGAACAGCAAGGCCACUCCUGGGAAGGGAACGCAGGGCACUUACUCUGGGCCAGGGCCCUCAGAGACAGAAUCAAGUCACAUCUCCAGCCACCCUCCGAGGCAUAUAUUAUUAUCUUCAUUUUUACAGAGGGUCUGUAAACUGAGGGUCACAGAGGUAAAGCGGCUUGCCCAAGGUCACAUGCUGAUUGGUAGUAGACUCUGGCCUCAAAUGCAGGCCUCUCUGCUGCCUGAGACUUUGUUCAGGAUCUUUCCAUCAACAAUUCUCCUGGUGACAACAGAAGGAUCAGAUACCUACAGAGGACCUUGUGAUGGAGGGUCACCUUGCAGACAAGCAGAAAAGAUCUCUUAAAAAUUCACUGGACGUUCUCCACCUUUCAUUGGAAUGCAUGUAUUUGUUUUCAUAUAUUAAAAAAAAAGUGUAAAAUGGAUUAAAUUGGCUUUGGGAGGAAUAAAAAGGACAAUUGUUUUUUCUCUCAAA